AUGGAAACUCUUUCAGUCACCAGCGCCGGGCUGCGAUUGCCCGUGAAGCCGAACGCUUUUGCCACUCCGCCGCACGCGUUAGCUUCGUCGUUAACUCUCGUCCCCGUAACGCGGCGUUCGAUUGCGGCUCCUCCGCGGGCCCCGCGCGUGGGAGUUAAUCUCCGGAGGCUUUCCGCAUUCCAGCCUGGCGCAGCUCGCGCGGCUGUCGGAGAAACGACGGACCGACGAAACGCCGGCGCUAAGCGCGGCGGAGAUGGCGCCGCGAAUCGCGUUCAUGAUGUGAUUAUGGCGGAUGUGAGCGAGGAGGCGAAGUCGCGGCUCAAGAAGCUUUCGACGUUCCCGUCAAUUGCGGAGAAGCAGCAGGGACGGGACUCAGGCUCUUUACCUCGUCGCAUUCGUGGAAAAGCAUCAAAGUCCGCUGAGUCGGCGAGAGUCGAGGGCGACUGGCCAAUCUCGUGGUGCCACGUCGCCGACAACGUGUUGAUCGGGUCGCCGCUGGCGACGGCUGACGACGCUAAGGCUGUCCUUGCGGCUGCUGACGUCACUGCCGUUGUGGCCCUUAUGACGGAGCAGCAGGAGCGCGAGCUGGGCGUUGAUUGGCCGGCAGUCGCGGCGGCAGUCACGGAGGCGGGAGGGGCGGCGGUGCGGGUGGAAUCAGUGGAAACGCUAGGGGAGAGUGCUGCUGUUGCUGCAGCAGCCGCAGCAGCAGCUGGGGAGAAGGGAGACUCUUCCAACAACACCCAGGUACGCAAGGCAGUCAAUGGGAGCGGGCUUGGGUUGAGGCAGGAGGAAGCUGAAAUCAACCACCCCCUGCCCACACGCCAUUACCGGGUGCCUGUGUUGAUCAAGGCUGUGCGCGUGGUGGCGGCACUGGCAGCAUCAGGUACCUGUGCUGCUCGAGGCUGUGCGCGUGGUGGCGUCACUGGCAGCAUCAAAAAUUACUGCUUUAACCGCCCGUAUUCCCCCCCCUCCUCCCGGUUCCCCCCUCGGUCCCCCCUUCAUCUCUCACCCCCACAGGUGCCUGUGCUGCUCGAGGCUGUGCGAGUGGUGGCGUCACUGGCAGCAUCGGGGCAUCGAGUGCUGGUCGUGCCUGUGCUGCUCGAGGCUGUGCGAGUGGUGGCGUCACUGGCAGCAUCGGGGCAUCGAGUGCUGGUCGUGCCUGUGCUGCUCGAGGCUGUGCGCGUGGUGGCGUCGCUGGCAGCAUCGGGGCAUCGGGUGCUGGUCGUACCUGUGCUGCUCGAGGCUGUGCGAGUGGUGGCGUCACUGGCAGCGUCGGGGCACCGGGUGCUCGUGGUCAGCUGCCAGCCCAACGCUGCCAGCGCGCUGACUGCCCUGGGUACCUGGCUGGCAGCAGCAGAGCAUCGAGUGCUGGUUGUCAGCUGCCAGCCCAACGCUGCCAGCGCUCUGACAGCCCUCAGCUACCUCUCCCUGGUGAAGGGAGAUACAGCAGAGGCAGCAGCAGCGGCGCUGAAGCGCGUGUGUCCCUCUGCACGGCCCGCUCUGGACGCCCUUGAGCAGACCCACACGCACCUGGCAGCGGGCAACAGCCAGCGGCUCAUCCCAGACGCUCAAUCCACUCCCUUUAUCCCCCACUCCGCCCAUCCCUGCACUGCACAGCGGGCAACAGCCAGCGGCUCAUCCCAGACGCUCAAUCCACUCCCUUUAUCCCCCACUCCGCCCAUCCCUGCACUGCACAGGUAUCUCUCCCUGGUGAAGGGAGAUACAGCAGAGGCAGCAGCAGCGGCGUUGAAGCGCGUGUGUCCCUCUGCACGGCCCGCUCUGGACGCCCUUGAGCAGACCCACACUCAACUGGCAGCGGGCAACAGCCAGCGGCUGACGAAGCUGGCUGCGGCGGAGCUGCAGCAGCGCAUUGCUAAGGGCGUCAGGGGCAGCUCUGCAAGGAGGAUGGGUGAGCGGCUGACGAAGCUGGCCGCGGCGGAGCUGCAGCAGCGCAUCGCCAAGGGGGUGAGGGGGAGCUCUGCUGGCGACUGGAAGGUGGGUGAUGCAGGGGUGUGGGGCGUGGGGGGGGUGGAGUUCCCUUUUCAUGCCGCAUCUCCCAUGCGUCGUUCCCCCUCCCCUGCCCUCCUCCUUUCGCAAUUUGUUUCCUCCUCUUCCUGCUGCAGGCAGCUGAGAGGAAACUCGCCACACAAGGGUUUCAGUGACAUUCCGUCCCUCAUCUUCUCCCAUUCCUUUUCUCCCUCUUUCCUCCUCUCUUCCUCUCUCCUCCCCCCACAAACACAUUCCUCUUUUUCCUGCUGCCAGGCGGCUGAGAGGAAGCUUGCAAUGGAGGGCUUCCAGCGCAUGGUGGCUGCUGAUGUGGCGCUCUCUGAAGCGCUCUCCAAGGCCGCCAUCAGGAGGGCAACGAGGGAGGCGGAGAAGCAGAUCGAGGGCGGAGCGGCAUCCCCCCAGGAGAAGGUGAACAUUCUGAUGGCGCAGAUUCAGCAGCUGGAGGCCAGGCAGAAGGCAGCAGCAGAAGCUGAAACCGCCGCCACGGACCGAAUCUCCUUCUUUCUUAACCAGCUGACGACCCUCCGAACCAAGCACGCCGAGGCUGAAAAGACCGCCAAGGCAGCCUCGGCCCGAGCCUCGCGGCUCGCCACACAGCUCUCGGCCGCAGCUAACCGCGAGGCGUGGUCCCAAGCCUCCGCCGAAGCUGCCCAGGGGAGGAUCGGGGAGCUCGAAGCUGAAGUGGCCGGCCUGCGGGAGAGAGAGUCGGAACUGAUCGAGGCUCGGCGGAAAGCCGAGGCUGAAGCGGAGGAGGCAAAGAAAAAGGCAGAGGCGCUGAAGGCUGAAGUGGUGAAUGUGGGGGCGAAGCAAGAGGAGGCUGUUGCGGCUAUGGCAGAGGCUAAAGAGAGGAUCGGGUUCCUGUCGGGGGUUGUGAAGGAGUUGGAGCAGAAGGAGAAGGCGGCGCGGAGUGAGGUGGCUUCGGCUGUACAGAUGACGCAAGUGGUGGAGAAACGGGAGCAAGCAGCGCUGGUGAAGGUGAAGGAUCUGACCACCCGCGUGGCUGCUCUCGAGACGGAGGUGGCAGCGGCGCACGAGGCAGCUCGCAUUGCCAAUGGGAAAUGCGAGUUCUUUGCUCGUGUGAUGGAGACGCUGAGGGAGAGGGAGCAGGCUGCGUUGGCGCAGGCGCGACAGGCCAACACGCUGCUGGCAGGGGUGAAGGCUGAGCUAGCAGCAGCAAAGGAACGGGAGGCCAGCCUGCGAGCUUCUUGGAAGGAGGCUGUAGCGCGCGCAGAGAAGGUCGUGGCGGAGCUGGGCGCGGCUAAGCGGAUGCAGGGCGAGGCUGUGAGGGAGAGAGAGGCGGCUGAACUGGCUCUGGCUGCUGCUGACAGCCCCAUGAUGGCUAAAGCAGCGCUACAGGCAGCCAUCAACAACGAGGCAUACCUCACAGCCCUCGUCAGCACGCUCACAGCCCGCCUGUCUGACGCUACAGCCGAGCGCGCUACAGCCGGAGAGAGGAUGCGCUUCCUGGAGCGACAGCUGGCGGAGGGGAAGGAGAGGGAGAGGGAGGCGAGGGAGAGAGUGCGGGCGGCGGAGAGGGAGAAGGAGGGGCUGGUGGUGCAGGUGGAGAGAGUGAAGAAGAGCGAGGAGGAGGCGCGGCGGGAGGUUGGGGUGCUCAUGCAGAAGCUCGACAGCGUCGCUGCUCAGUCCAAGGCAGCGGAGCAGGUCGAGGGGGCAAUCGUGAUCAUGCGAGCGCAGGUGGACGUGCUUCAAGCCGAGCUGGCAGCGGCGAAGCAGACGGCCGAGGCUGCAAGCGAGCGCUCCUCCUUCCUGCUGCGCCAGAUGGAGUUGAUUAAGUCCCGCCAGCAGCAGAAACUGGAUGCUGCUGUUGCCGAGGCAGUUUCGGCUGAGCAGAAGAAGAGUGGUGCUGCUAGUCCUGUUGCUUCUAACGCAGAAGCUAUUAUGGAGGCGGCUGUUGAGAAGCUCCAGAAGCAGCUCGCGGAGGCUCGGGCCGAGGCUGAGGCAGCUUCGGAGAACGUGUCGAAGCUGGAGGGGAGGGUUGGGCAGUUGCAGGCGAAGGAGAAGGAGGCGAAGGUGCUGCUGGGGCGGGCAGAUGAAAAGAUUUCGGACCUGUUUGUGCAGCUGUCGGCUGCCCGGGAAAAGGAGAAGGUGGAGGCGAAGGCUCUCAUGAAGGCUCGGGUGGAGCUUGGGGAACUUUCUGGGAAGGUUACGAAGCUGGAGGUUGAGUUGAAGGAGAAAGAGGCUAUGGUGGGAGGUGUGGGGAUGGGCGUUGGUGCUGCUGCUACUAAGAUGGUGGUUGACUUGUCUAAGGGAGCUAAGGAGCUUCACAGCAGCAGGCUUCAGGACUCGGUCGCCCGCCUGGGGCAGAGCGUCUCUGCCAAGUCGGCUGCAUCCGCUGUUCCUGAUAAGGAGGAGGAGGAGAUUAUAGCAGCAGCGGCCAACCUGCGGGAGGCAGUAGAAGCACUCAACACCCCGGCUACCAACGGCAGCGCCACCAACCCCUCCUCGCUCCGCUCAUUCGACGAUGCUGUUCAGUUUGACUCCAAGUCUCCUGAAGCCGUUCCAGUACCUGCCAAGUAUCGCAACUCCAACUGA